AUUACUAGAACGGAUACCUAUCUACGUGAGGCCCGAUCGGCCCGAGAACUCAGCCCGCGACAGUUGUCGCUCGGUCGCUCUCAAGGAGUUACCUCGACUUCGUCGCGAGCCGGUUCUCCAUUCGGGGGAUUUCUAAAAAGGAUUCUCAAAGGACCCGAAAGGAAGAUAUAUCAAAAAAAUUUGAGCAAUUCUCGAAGAAAUUGACUGAGAGACGUUUAACGCGCUCCCGAGUCAAGGGAUUCGCGAGAAGCUGUCCAGAAGGACCAGAAAGAAUUUCUCUCAGUUAGUCGGACUAGUUACGAAAUUUCGAGAUGGUAAACCUAAAAAGCGCCCUAGGCGCUGACGAGCUCACCAACAAGAAGGCCGCUCUCCCUCGCGCCCUUCUGGCGGAAUUACUCGGCACUUUGCUACUCAAUUUCUUCGGCUGUGGUUCUGUAGCAACCGGUAAUGUCAUCGCCAUAAGCCUGGCUUUCGGUCUUGCAGUGGCAGUUAUAAUUCAAGGGAUAGGUCAUGUUUCUGGAGGUCACAUCAAUCCGGCGGUCACAUUUGGUCUCAUCGUCGUCGGCAAGGUACCGAUUAUCAGGGGUAUUCUGUAUGUCGUGGCACAAUGCGUCGGUGCCAUCGCAGGUUCAGCGAUUUUAAGGGCCCUUUCACCUGACACAAUGGAAAAUUUCCUGGGCGUGGUGAAGCUCUCCACUGGGACCACUCCGGUGCAAGGACUCGGCAUAGAGUUCUUCCUCGCGUUGGUCCUGGUGCUGGUGGUUUGUGGAGCGUGCGACGCCGCUAAACCAGACAGUAAAGGCAUUGCACCGCUCAUAAUCGGUCUGUCGGUCAGUGUCAGCCAUAUUGUCGGCGUGCCGCGAACGGGUGCCGGAAUGAAUCCUGCGCGUUCGCUAGGCAGCGCCGUGGUGAUGGGCGUUUUUGAUCAUCACUGGGUAUAUUGGGUAGGUCCGAUUAUAGGUGGUAUCGCCGGUGCACUCAUUUACGUGCACGCGAUCGGACCUGCCAAAGAACCGGAAGUACCUGCUAGGACUUACGCUUCCGUCGCCACCGAGGAAAAGGAGCUCCAGAAUCUUACUGGCAGAAAAACCAUCAGUCCUGCUUGAUGCUUUAACCGACUCUAAACUGUCUUCUGCCAAUUCGCCAAUCAUCUUUAUACCAAUAAUACGAACUAUCGAAGGAUUUUUACAUAAAAAGUACUGUGCGCAUAUUUCAAAAUUGAAGUUUAUAAAACUGCAUCAUUUUCUGAAGGUUUUAGAAAAACAUAGUCAUGAUGUCGGUUUCUAUUGAUUGUUGAAAAUGCGGAUGAUCUACUGGUGCAAUCGUUUAUAUUACAAUUCAAAAUAAAAAUUAAUUUACAUAUAAAAUCCAAGUAGCAAUUUUCAAAAGUUUAAUAACUUAAAAAUGCCUUUGACCAAAUAAUUAAAAAAAAAAUAAUAUGGAUGUAGUCAAAGAUUUUUUUUAAUUUCACAAAGAAUUUUUUGUUUUCAUAAUUUUAUAUUAAUUCACAAUAUUUUAUACUUUUAAAAAUUUAGUUAUAUAUUUCAUAAUUUAAUUAUAGAUUGCCUUAUAAUCGUAAAUGGAAAUGAUAUACACAUAAAUAUGACUAAGCCAAAGAGAUUUUUCACAAAAUAUUUCAUGUUGCCGACAUAUCAUGCCACUGGACAAUAUACAUAAUUAUUUAUUGUAUAGAAUGCACUUUAACAUCUAUAACAUCUUUGAUAAAUAAUUCAGCAUUUCUCCCUAAAUUUCUAGCAUUUCUAUUAAUAAUAACUAAAAAA